GUUUCACGAGUUAGAUAAUGAAUUCGGAUAUCUAACUCGGGAAAAUAAAUACGGUGAAAAUAUUUUUUCCGAAAAAGAAAAAGAUAAAUUUGAUUUAAUAAAUUUUGUGAGACAGUGGUACAUUGGUUCUGAAAAUGAAAUAAAAAAUAAGCAAAUUGAAAAUUUAGAAAAAGAAUAUUUAAAUAAAUUAAUGAUUAAAGAAAGAGGUGAAAGAGUUUUAUCAAUCGAAGUAGAACUAUAUAAUAAAAAAAGGUUUGGAAUUAUUGACACAGGUUCUAAUAUCACGUGUAUUGUUUGUCCUUAACAAAUAAAAAUGAUAUUUUUAAUAAUAAAGAUAAUGUGAUUAUAACAGGUGCGGAUAGCUCAGAAUUAGAACAAUUAGGUAUAAAAUGAAUAAAAUAAGAAUGUGGUUUUGCUGGGGAUUGUUACUUAUAACUUGCCAAAAUAUAUUUAUGGAGAGAAUUAAGGUAUCAGUAUCUUCGGGUGCUUUCUUUAACGAGAUACAAGAGGCAAUGAUGUAUGAUAAAAGUAUUCCAUUAACUUAUACUCAGAUUAUUUUAGAAAAAGAAAAAACAAACGUGGGUGAGUCAUUAGCUGUAGAAGGCUAUUGUAAAAACAAAGAUACUAAUUAUUGCAAUAUUAUUAACCAAUCUUUAGUUAUACUAAAAAAUAUUAACAAAAAUAUGUGGGAAAAUCAAUUGGAUCUUAAUGAUUUUAAUUUCAAUAAAAGAUCAAAAAGGGGCAUUCAAUUUUUGGGUAACGGGUUUCAUUUUUGUUGUAAUGUUGCUACCGAAAAACAACUAAAAAACUUUUAUUCUAAUGAACAAAUUUUAAAAGAUCAAUUUAAUAAAUUAAAAGAUGUUUUUACUUCUGACCACAAAGACCUUAAUGAUAUCACUUCACAACUUAAUAAUUAUACUUCUAAUACCAACAUUAAGAUCGAAUUAUUAAAAACGGCGUUUCAAAAAAUUAAUGAUGAAAAUAGAAAUAAUGCAAGAAUGUCUAAUGCACAUUUACAUUGUAAAAAUAACAAAAUUCCACCAAGAGUAUUAUCUACUGAUAUACUUUACAAAGAUUUAUUGAAAUUACAGAAAACAAUAAAUAAAGACGGUUAUGAAUUAGUUAUUCCAAUAAAAAAUUUACAUUCUUAUUACAAUUUACCUAUUGCUGAAUGUCAGUUUUCGGAAACCCAAAUAUUACUAAUAUAA